AACGAACGUGAACUAGAUGAUCAAACUUUCUUCCGCGAGAUAUUUUUAUUUUUGCAAAUAGAUUUUUUUAGCGAGAUUUCGUGUGAUUGCAUGCUGCUAACAACGUGAUAAUUAAGUAUUUUAACACAGAUUUAUUGGAGAAUGGCUGCAAAAAUAACAGUGCUGGAUCCUCCUUCAUCGGCUAGUUCAGACAGUGAUAUAAUUGAGCAGCAAGAUUACUCCGAUGUAGUAUUUAACGAUGUUGAAGAGCAUGAAGAAAGAAGUGGUGAUUUUUACAAUACCCCAGCUUCACCCAUAACAGUACCGUACUGUCCUAGACCACCUUCAACCGGUUCUCAAAAGUCUCCAAGAGCUAGGAGACAAAGAACUACAUCUUUGAACCAUAGUACCACCACCCAAUCAAAGACUGAUGUUAUGAUAAGAACGGCCCAAAGAACUAUAUAUACUGCUGGUAGACCACCUUGGUACAACAGUGAAGGACAGAAAGUUGAACCUUUUGUUAUAGGAAUAUGCGGUGGAAGCGCAUCAGGAAAAACAACCGUAACAGAAAAAAUAAUAGAGUCCUUAGGAGUGCCUUGGGUCACUCUUUUGAGCAUGGAUUCGUUCUAUAAGAUUCUGAACGAGAAACAGCACGAAAUAGCCGAGAAAAACGAGUAUAACUUCGACCAUCCUGACGCUUUCGAUUGGGAACUGCUGAUAAUUACGCUGGAACGUUUAAAAGAAGGACGUAAAGUUGAGGUGCCCAUUUAUAAUUUUUUGACGCAUUCUAGGGAAAAUAGAACGAAAACGAUGUAUGGAGCGAAUGUUAUUAUAUUUGAAGGUAUUCUGACUUUUCACAAUCCGAAAGUGGUCGAAAUGCUCGACAUGAAGAUUUUUGUCGAUGUAGACGCUGAUGUAAGACUAGCCAGGAGACUUAGAAGGGAUAUAAGCCAGAGGGGUAGAGAUUUGGAGGGUGUUUUGAAACAGUAUACUAGCAUGGUUCAGCCUUCUUUUAAUCAUUAUAUUGCGCCAUUGAUGAGCCAUGCCGAUAUUAUAGUUCCUAGAGGCGGUGAAAAUGAGGUUGCCAUUCAGUUGAUUGUUCAGCAUGUUCACACUCAACUUCAGCUGCGUGGUUUCAAAUUGCGAGAAGAACUUGCUCAUGCCUACGCUAUGAAUAGCGGUCCUAGACCACCAACUGUCAAAUUAUUACCCACAACGCCUCAGAUAAAGGGACUUCACACGUUUAUCCGCAACAAGGACACUCCCAGGGAUGAAUUUAUAUUUUACAGCAAAAGACUGAUACGAUUGGUGAUAGAAUACACCCUGAGCCUUAUGAUUUUCAACGAUAAAAUCGUCGAAACCCCUCAGGGCGUACCUUAUCAAGGAAAAACAAUGUCUACGAACAACAUUUGUGGAGUUUCCAUUUUAAGGGCUGGAGAAACCAUGGAACAGGCCGUUUGUGACGUUUGUAAAGACAUAAGGAUCGGGAAAAUUCUGAUUCAAACUAAUCUACAAACUGGAGAACCUGAGUUGUAUUACCUAAGAUUGCCCAAAGAUAUUAAAGAUUACAAGGUGAUCCUUAUGGACGCCACUGUAGCCACUGGCGCAGCCGCCAUGAUGGCUAUCAGAGUAUUAUUGGACCACGACGUUGCCGAGAGUAAUAUUUUACUGGUUUCGUUGUUGAUGGCUGAAUCUGGAGUGCACUCUAUAGCCUACGCGUUUCCUAAAAUCCAGAUUGUUACCACAGCUAUAGAUCCAGAGAUAAACGACAGAUUUUAUGUUUUGCCUGGUAUUGGGAAUUUCGGAGACAGGUAUUUUGGUACAGAGCCAGGAGAUGAAUAACUUAUUUUCUUGUAUUAUUUGCGAACUGCGAUUUUAUUUAUUGUUUUUUUUUAGUUUACAAUUUUUAGAUAUCAAUUAAUUGUUCACUAGUAUCCUAUUUUGUCGCUUUUGCGACUUUGAUUUUAUUUGUGUUACUAGAUUAAUUUCGUGAAAUACUGAGUGUUUGUUAAUAAGUUUUUUUAUUUCCGCUUUUUUACAGGGUGAUUUUCAAGUAUUUUUAAGAUAAAAAGUUUAUACAGGGUGUUUGGUUUGGUUUGGUUGGAGGUACAUGUGCCAUCCCUCGUGGGAAGAUUCCUCACGUAAUUUUUUUUUUCUGCUUUGUUUCUGAACUACAAUGGGUUAAAGUCAUUUUUUUAUUUAUUAUAAUUUUCUUGCAAGUGCUUUUAGCAAUUCAAAUGAAAUUUUGAGGGAUAUUUUAAUGCUAAAAAAAUCGACAGAUUUAUCAAAUUUCAUAAAAAUAUCCUGGAGUGGCUCCAAAGAUAGGUAAAAACGAUUUUUUUCUUAAAAAUUGAUUACCCUGUAUCUCAAAAACGGAGCAUUUUAGAUCAAAUAUUUUUAUGAAAUUUUUGUCAUGAAAAUACUUGAAAAUCCUGUGAAAUAUCGAACACCGCCCUGUAUUAAUGCAAGUCAAACAAUAUAGUACUUAUUUUUA